UAAUUCAAGGUUAUGCCAAUAAGAUAACUGUCUUUCACUUUGAUUUAAAUGUUCCAGACUUUCCUUUACGCAAAUACUAUGUUGGCUUCAUUUCCUUUAUAAGUAAUCUUGUUCCCAGCAUUACCAGCACACUGGCUCACAAGUUGGUUCACAAGCAGAAAAAGAAAGCAACACCAGGCAGCGUAACCAGCCACACACUCCUUGUCCAACCAUGUCCACAAGGGAUUGGUGUUCCACUAUGACCAAGUUCUAGAAGGGGAACCAUGCUGAACAGAUUUCCAGGUGCCCUGAUGCCCAAGGAGAAAUACAAAAUAUUUCAGUUAAGUCUUCAAAUUGCUCCAGUUGAAGGAGAAAGCUUUCAUCAAAAGAAGAAUGGUCUAACUGACAGGUCAGCUUCAGAGUAAAGCCAAGCCUGAGAAACAACAAUCCAGAAUCUUUCCACAAACAGAAGAAAUGAGCACUGAAAGACCUUUCAAUCUAAUCAAACACCUAGGGCAGACAAGUAUUCCCUCCCUUGAAAAUAUAAGUGAUUUUUCCUUAAAUGUCACUGACUGUACGCAGGUCGUGGUGCCAGAGGAAGUUUUUUUCACUGUUGCUGCUGCUGGCAUAUUGGAAAAUCUGCUUGUCCUUAUUGCUGUCAUCAGAAAUAAGAAUUUGCACUUGCCCAUGUACUUCUUCAUUUGUAGUUUAGCCAUUUCAGACAUGUUAGGUAGCUUGUACAAAACUCUGGAGAACAUCUUUAUCAUCUUGUGCAAAAUGGGGUACCUGACACGUCGUGGGGACUUUGAGAAAAAGCUGGAUGAUGCCAUGGAUUCUAUGUUCAUUCUGUCUUUACUGGGGUCAAUUUUCAGCUUGUUAGCUAUUGCAGCAGACAGAUAUAUCACUAUUUUCUAUGCUUUGCGGUACCAUAAUAUCAUGACACUACAAAGGGCUUUGAUCAUCUUGGCAAUCAUUUGGACAUUCUGUGCAGGCAGUAGCAUUGCUAUUGCCCUCUUCUCCUAUGAAGCAGCUACAGUCAUUCCCUUCACUAUCCUGUUCCCUUUAAUGAUGUUUUUUAUACUGUGCCUCUAUGUCCAUAUGUUCCUCCUUGCUCGAUCUCAUGCUAAAAAGAUUGCCUCACUGCCCACCAGUGCAGUCCAUCAGAGAACUAACAUGAAAGGAGCCAUUACACUGACUAUUUUCCUUGGAGUUUUCCUUUGCUGUUGGGCCCCCUUUGUUCUUCACAUCCUUUUAGCAAGAUUUUGCCCACAUAAUCCUUAUUGUGCCUGCUACAUGUCCAUAUUCCAUGUGAAUGGGACCCUCAUAAUGUGCAAUGCGAUCAUUGACCCUAUGAUUUUUGCAUUCCGAAGCCCAGAAUUACGGAGCACGUUUAGGAAGAUGUUCUGCUGUGCCAGGUAUAACUGGAACUGGUAGACACUAAACAAAAGUAACAAUUACAAAAGCACACACAUUGUGGUGUUGUGCAAUGCAAAUUCACAGUUAAAAAUACUAAAAGUAAUGCCCAAAGUAAUAUUAUGCUUGUAGAAUGCUGCCAGUGAUUUCAAGAGGUCUACUGAAGAAUACGUAUAAGCUAAGUAUGCACAUAAGUCUUUGCUAACCAAACACCCAGAAAUAUUACUAAUUAAGUUAAUUCUGCUCAUAAUUUUCAUGCAAUAUUCUAAAAGUAACUGCAACAAUUAUCUUUUAUCAUUUCAGAAAAACUCAAAUAUAAAUCUUUGGCAGCAAGUAUUUUGUCACCCAAGAGAUUAAUUUAUGCCGACUAAUUUUGUAUCAGUAAUUUCAAUUUCAGGUGCAUACUACUUUAAAUUUUGUUGUUUAAAUCACAAAUAAAUGAAUACUUGUUUCUGAAUUUCAUGUUUAUAUAAAAGUCUAUGAUAAAGCAGAAAAUAUGGACAUGCAUAUGAACUUUGCUGGUAAAGUGAACUCAUUACUUUGUUCUUUAACAUCUACUCUCCUUAAAAUCAUGCAAUUAGUAUGCUCUAAGUGUCAAAAAAAAAAAAAUUGGAAUGUGAGUCCAUGUGAAGUUAUUUUGGUUUAAAAGUUAUUCUUAGUGACUGAAGAGUUUUUUCCAACAUGAAGUCGUUCUGGUAGAAAAGAAUUUUGAAAAGGUUUUGAAUUUUAAAACACCAAAGCCAGGUCUGGACUAGCAAAGAGAAUUGCUGGCCAUGUCAGCUCUCCGUUAGAAGUCCCUGGGCCAGCUUCCUUUAAUAAAAUAAUAGGUUUCACAGACAGAGAAAGAACUUUGAUAAAGCCAUAAUUUUCUAAACAUGCCACAACAAGGAAUUCCAAAAUAAAGUACCAGACAGACAAUUCAAAGACCUCCAAGGAAGUCAGCCACCUGGAUGAGGAACCAGCUAGCCAGUCUGGAAGGAUGCUACAAAACAGUUUGUAAUUUACAAAAUCCUAGUGAGAAAAUUUUGAAUUGUCCUUGCCAAAAUAAUACUAAACUUGCAAAACUGUAAGGCAGAAUAACUUUCACAGCAAAAUAUCCUAAAGCAGUUCAGAGCAUAUGGUGGGGAAUUAACCUCAGA